UGUUAUUUAAUUAUAUAUACAAAUAAAACAAACAAAUAAUUAUAGAAAAUAUUAUUAUAAAAAACUUGUGAUAAGAGACCAAAUCAUUUAAUCCAAUGUUAAGACUGUUGCCAAAGACUACCGAUAGAGAUAUCAUUGAAUUGAUUACUAUAUAUAAGACAUGGUUUGCACAGACAGAGCAUUCAUUGAUUGAGUUCASAGUCUUAACAUUGAUUGAUACCAUCGCUGACCUGUUGUUUGGACACAACAUUCUUGUCAAAGACUAGUGAUAUAAACAUACAGAAGAAGAUAUGUCUGUAAGAAGUGCUUUAUUUUCAUUAAAACUGUUACCGAAUCAAGAGUUGGAUGAGUCGGUACUGACCACUGUUUUCGACGAUCAUUUUCCCGGUAUAGCGUUGGCCAGUCGUGUCCAACUCAUUGAUGGACUUAUCUUUAUAUAUGGCGCUAAUGAUAAUCGAUUGACGAUUACGGUUCGUCAUUACAAGAGUCAACAGCUGGUGUCCAUCAAUGGCGAAGAGUGUGUCGACUCCGAGACUAUCGGCAAAACCCAUAGUUUGUUGAAUAACUCAAAUUCCGAGAAAUUGCGAUCAAAGUUAGUGUCGGCACUGAAUGUGCCGAAAGUGGAGCGGAUUCCCACUAUCAAGAAGUGGACAGUUGUGCCCAACUAUUACACCUCGUCUGACGAAAGACUUCUGGAGUAUGACUUCGAUAGUGUGGUAUUUGAAGAGCAUUCACAGUACCAACACAUCAAGAUAUUAGGCUCACCAUCGCUGGGUAAUUGUCUUCUAUUGGAUGACUUACAGAAUUUAGCAGAAAAAGACUUGUCAUACACGAGAGGUCUCAUGAAAUACGGAGAGAUCUCAUACAAAGAUAAAGAGAUACUGAUUCUCGGCGGUGGUGACGGAGGACUACUUCACGAACUGCUUAAAGAAGAGCCCAAAUUUGUAACUAUGGUCGACAUUGACGCUGUAGUGCUUAACGCCUGCAAGAAGUAUCUCAGGGGCGCCUGUGGUGACACUUUGGACAACUUUGAUGGUCCUAACUAUCAGGUGAUUGUUGGCGAUUGUCUCAAAUAUAUGGAACAAUAUAUCGGCGAAAAGCGUUCGUUUGAUUUUGUCUUCAAUGACUUGACUGAUAUCCCAAUCAGCGCUCAGGACAACAGAGACGCCGGUCUCGACGGUGACGAAGAUUUGUGGACAUUCUUUAAACGUAUACUUAAUUUGGCCCUCAAAUUGGUCAGACCCGACGGCUUUUAUUUAAAUCAUGCCAUCGGAAUCGGUUGCAAAUCAACACUCGAGACAUACGAACAACUAUUACGUAGUCUUCCCGUAAAAGUUGAGUUCAGCCGUCACUCGGCAUAUGUGCCCUCAUUUAUGGAGGACUGGGUUUUCUAUCAGAUCUGGAAAGUCAACUGAUGUCAGAUCCUCAUGUUAUAGAUAAUAAAUUUAAUUAUAAUUCCCGGUAAUAAUUAAUAGCCUAAUAUUUAUUAAUUCAUAUUUUAUUCAAUGAAUUAAUACUAAAUCUUAAAUGAUUAAGAUAUUGAAAGCACAUAAAACUUUU